AUGGUAACUAUUACAGAACUUUCAAAAAUCAUUUAUUUUUCAGACACCUGUGCUCACAUGUUGUGAAUCUCUUGAAGAUCUGAGUUCAAAAGAGAAGUUUUGCUUGACUGGGUGCGAUUCACAAAUUAGGACGGGACACAGAGUGAGUAGUCAAGACUGAUCUCUCUCAAAUCCACUCCCAAUAUAAUUUUUUUCUUUAUAACAAACAAUUAUCGGCUUAUUGAGAAUCACAAAAGGUCGAAUUUUCAGUCAUAGCGAUCAAGGCCUUGUUGAACCCCCUUGCAAGGGUUCAACUGGUUAUGAUUCAAAACAGUUUCGUAACCCUUAAUAAUCACCCAAUCUAAUUUUAGAAUACGCGCAUCAACAGCUUCGUAUCAAAAAAUGACCUGGAAGCGGUUCCUAUGAAAAACGUCUUUGAUAAAGGUAACGUUUUUGUUGUUUCUUAAAAACUCAAUUUUUGCAGGAUUCGUGUCGGAUGAAUUAAGUACGGUAAAUUCUCCGAACGACGUUAGGUCGAUUGAUUUACAUCCGGAUGUAGAUAAUAACAAGCAGGUUGGCGUUGUUGCCGGAGAGGUAAAAUUAAUUUGGCCAAUCAGUGCUUUGUCCUGAUAACAUACCGCUCGGGUGUCGGUGCCUGCUGUUUUUUGACUACUAGGACCCUCUUUUUGUCUACUAGGAAAAUAUCAAAGUGACUGCUUUUAUUAUCAUAAACAAGACUCUGAACGUGUGCCCGCUGCGCGGUCCGAGCUGACGCUCGGAAGAGGCUUCACCGCUUUUUUGCUUCGCAAAACCGUUCGAAAGGUCACUUGUUCAUUCCUCAAUUUCUCCGUCACAAACAUUUUGUUAGAAAUGAAAAAAGUGGGGACGGACAAACGGGAAAUAAACAAAAAAACAGACGGACAUACCCGUGAAGAGUUAUAUUAAUAAGAAUGAUUUUUUUUAACCUGGGCCCGCUGCGCGGUCCGAGCUGACGCUCGAAAGCGGCUUAGCCGCUUGUUUGAUCCUCAGAGUAGUUUGAAAGUUCACGUGUUCAUUUCUUAAUUUCUCCGUCGCAACCAGGGCUGGGCAAUUGGCCGGCCCUUGACCUGGACGUUUGAACCACUUGCAAUAUUCUGAUCGUAGCCAAACUUUGCAGGCUUCAUGGACAUGGGUUGGAGCAUAUUGGGACCAAGUUUCAGCCCGAUCAGAUCAUCUGGGCCCGAGAUAUGUGGAUCAUUGACCGAAAUUGGCCGGAAGCCCUGGCUUUUUGGAAAAAAUCGGCCAAUGAUCCACAUAUCUCGGGACCCGACGAUCUUAUCAGGCUGAAACUUGGACCCAAUGGCCCUCAAUCCAAGUCCAACAAUCCUGCAAAGUUUGGGUCCGAUCGGAAUAUUGCAAGUGGUUCAAAAGUCUAGGUCAAGGGUCGGCAAAGCCUGUGCCGGCCAAUUGCCCAGCCCUGGUCAAAACUAUUUCCGUUUUACAAAUGAACAUGAGGACGAACACACAGUGAAAUGAACGAACAGACAAAGAGACAAACCCGUGAAGAGUUAUAUUAAUUUUACAAGACUUUUGAAACCGAGGCUCGUUGCGCGGGGCGAGCUAAUGCUCGAAAGCGGCUACGCCCCUUGUUUCUUUCUUAUAACCGUUUGGAAGUUCAUGUGUUCAUUUCUCAAUUUCUCCGUCACAACUAUUUUCGUUUUACAAAUUAACGCGGGGACGGGCAAACGGAGAGAUAAACAAACAAACAAACAAACAGAGGGCCAAACCCGUGAAGAGUUAAAUUAAUAAGAAUGAUUUUUUUUUUUCAUUUCUAAAACGGGAAAAGUUGUUAUGUAGAAAUCAAGAAAUUAACACGUGAUCACGCGUGAACUUUCGAGCUAGUUGAAGAAAAAUAACUAGCCGCGAAGCCGCUUCCGAGCGCCCGCUCAGCGGACCCACGUUGAUGUCUUGUAAAUAAAUAAAGAAAUAAACAAAGGGACAAACCCCGUAAGACUUGUGUUAAUGAGAAUGAUGGUUUGGUAUUAUACCCACACAAUUGUGUUGAGAAUUCAAUUAACAAAAAUUUAUAAUAAUAAUAAUAACUCAUUUAUUCGCUUCGACCACCUAGGAAAAAAUUUACAGGAAAAGAGAGGAGAGAUAGUAUAUGGAUGAGGGAAUAAUGACUAAAAUGACCAUUGACCGGCAAUAGCCAUAGGUCAAGUAGAAUACAAUAUACUAGGGGGAGGGGGGAUCUUUUCUAUGCGCGUCGCAAAAGCCUCAGGAGACAGUCUUUCGGGAAACAAUUUGGCCACUCGGUUCCAUAGGGCAAGAAGGGUAUGCAAGAAAGAGUCAUGGGGUAGGCCUAGGGAGGUUUUAAUAAGAAGAUACGCCGUAUCUGAUACGGGUAACGGGGAGAGACGCCGGGUUUGAGGAACAAAAUUUGGCGGCAAAACGUUGGCCAAUUUUCGGUCAGCUGUUGAGAAAGUUUGAGGGUUUUACCCAUUAGCCGAAAUUCAAUGUCUCAUAAUAUACACCCUAGCUCGGCCUACGGUUGCAGAAUUGGCGAUUUCAGGCGCCUGUUCUGCAACCCUAAUUCGCCCAAAUUCUCUUAAGGCAUUUUCAAGUGAGCAAGAAAAUAAAACAGUUAUGUAGUCGAUUUCCGAAGACUGCCCUGAAUUUGCCACGGUAGCCUACCUGUGCAGAAGGUCGCGGUCCUGUUUUCGACAGCCUUGUAAAUAUUUAAUAAUCGAAAUAAUGAAAGUGUAUUUCAGGCAUUCAAUAAUAGUUUCGAUAACUUCAAUGAUCAAGUGGAAUAUCCUCAAAGUGUUUCUGAUUCUUCAGCGGAACGACCAGAGAAGACUUUUGCAGUGCACAGGAAUAAUCCUCCUGCUAAAAACGAACGACACGGUAACCACUCAGCUUACAAAAAAUGUUUCAGUACUCGAAAUUUUUAGAAACAAUUUUCCAAACGGGUUAGCACCAGAUAAACGCCUAGAUAGAUUCUGUUUAGAUUGCAAAGUCAUCUGAUUAGAUUCAGAACUUGAGAUAUUUUCUGUCGCAACUUGCGCCUCGCAAGUAUAACUUAUUAUUGUUUACAGAUAUGCAUGGCAAAUUCAGAGGAUUCCUGAAAGAUGACAGCGAGUUUUUCGAGAAUGCAGGUUAGUGAGUUGAUUCUAAUACCCCGAAUCAGUGAGACCUGGCGAAACAUUUUUUUUUGGAAAUUUUUUUUCGGCAAGCCUGUUCAAGUCUGUUUUUCAAACGGAAAACCUCUCAAGCAAAUCGUUUGUGAUCUAACUAGGAGAUUUCGUAAUCUAAAUCGAGUUUCUAAUCUAGCUAGAUGAAAAUGGAAUCUAAACUAAAUCUAGCUAGAUUUGACCGAAAGGUUAAUCUAAUUAGAUGAAUUUUGAAUCUAAUAUCAGUGUUUUUGCAAUCUAAUUAGAAAAAUUUUGCUUUGCCAAUCUAAUUAGAAAAAUUUUGCUUUGCCAAUCUAAUUAGAAAAUUUAUCAGUCUAGUUGUAAGAAUUUGCAAUAUAAUCGCAGUAAAUUAGCAAUCUAACUAUUAUAGAGGCACAGGACAGAAAGGGCGCUAUUCGCAAUCUGCCCGAAUUUCUAGGCCGCGAAGUAAUUUUCCACUGAAAAUAAGGCCUAACUUUUCAAACUCGGCCCCGAGGUCGCUCAAUUUGCACUGCAAAAAGAGUUUCUCAACAGAGCGCCAUUUCUGUGCGGUGCCCCUAUAAUAGGUCCGGUUAGAAACGCAAAUUAGCUAGCUAGAUUAGAAACGAUUUGCCAGAGCUCGUGUAAUUCAGUGAAUAACUCAAGUGGCGGUACAACAUAAUAGAACUGCGCAGAAUAGAACCGCGACACAAUAGAACUGUUUGGAGUCGUUUUCUGAAGUAAGAUCGUUUUUGAAGCUUGCUCUCAGGCAAAUCGUUUGUAAUCGAACUAGCUAAUUCUCAUUUCUAACCGGACCUAGUUAGAUUGCUACAGAUUUCUAAAUCUAGCUAGCUGAUUUUGCAAUCUAAACAAUCUAGCUAGGUUUGCCCGAAAUUUUAAUCUAAUUAGAUACGUUUUGAAUCUAAUAUCAGUGUUUCUGCAAUCUAAUUAGCUUCGCCAGUCUAACUAGAAAAUUUAUCAGUCCAGUUAGAAGAAUUUGGAAAAAAAAAAUCGGAAAAAAGUGACAAAAGGUCGGAAAAAAAAUGACAACCGACCUUUUGGCAUUUUUUUCCGACCUUUUGUCAUUUUUUUCCGAUCUUUUGUCAUUUUUUUCCGAUCUUUUGGCAUUUUUUUCCGAUCUUUUGGCAUUCCGACCUUUUGUCUUCCGACCUUUUUGGUUUUCCGACCUUUUGUCACGGACUCGAUUUUUUUCCGCCGCGAAGUAAUUUUUAGUUGUUCUUUUUUCUUUUGAAAAUAUGGUCUAACGUUCUCAUUUUCGUUUGAGCGGUAAAAAACUCGUCCCCGAGAUAAUUGCAGUUUGAACUGCAGGAAGAGUUACUCAACACCUGUCAACAGAGCACAUUUCUAGUAAAAUGCCUCGUAAUUCCUUCUUCAAUGCUUUCAGUGACUCUGCUCGGACCGAACAAAAGUGAGGAACUGUACGAGACAUUAAAAAGCAAGUUUGGAUUCAACAACUUCCGUCACAAACAAAGGAGCUGCAUUUUAUCUACUUUGGUUGGUCAUGAUACAUUUGUUCUCAUGCCCACAGGCGCAGGGAAGAGUUUGUGUUACCAGCUGCCGGCAAUAAUGUUAACUGGUGUGACUAUUGUGGUGUCGCCACUACGAUCACUUAUCGAGGAUCAGAAAACAAAAAUGAAAGAGCUGGGAGUAAGUUUUUUUUAAAAUCAAAAGCCCAAAUAUUAUAGGAGCACCGGACAGAAAUGGCGCUCUGUUGAGAAACUGUUUUUGCAGUGCAAGUUGGAGUCCGUGACAAAAGGUCGGAAAACCAAAAAGGUCGGAAGACAAAAGGUCGGAAAAAAGUGACAAAAGGUCGGAAAAAAAAUGACAAAAGGUCGGAAAAAAGUGACAAAAGGUCGGAAAAAAAUGACAAAAGGUCGGAAAAUAUGCCAAAAGGCCGGAAAAAAUUACAAAAAGCCAGAAAACAGGUAUUUUAGCAGUUUUUCCGACCUUUUGGCAUUUUUUUCCGACCUUUUGGCAUUUUUUUCCGACCUUUUGGCAUUUUUUUCCGACCUUUUGGCAUUUUUUUCCGACCUUUUGGCAUUUUUUUCCGACCUUUUGGCAUUUUUUUCCGACCUUUUGGCAUUUUUUUCCGACCUUUUGGCAUUUUUUUCCGACCUUUUGUCACAUUUUUCCGACCUUUUGUCACUUUUUUCCGACCUUUUGUCACUUUUUUCCGAUCUUUUGUCAUUUUUUCCGACUUUUGUCAUUUUUUCCGACUUUUUGCCACUUUUUUCCGACUUUUUGCCACUUUUUUCCGACUUUUUGCCACUUUUUUCCGACUUUUUGCCACUUUUUUCCGACUUUCCUUCCUUUCCGUCCGGUGCCCCUAUAAUACGAUGAAGUAUAUUAUAGGGGCACCGCACAAAAAUGGCGCUCUGUUGAGAAACUCUUUUUGUAGUGCAAAUUGAGCGACUCGGGGCCGAGUUUGAAAAGUUAGGCCACGUUUUCAUUGGAAAAUUACUUCGCGGCCUAGAAAUUCGGCCAGAUUGCGAACAGCGCGCCCUUUCUGUCCGGUGCCCCAAUAAUAGUUGAGAAAAAAAGUAAUCAAGCAUGUAGUAAGUAGUUCAGUGUUUGUCGGAAAAAUGGGGUACGCACUUUCAUACUCCGCUUACAGAUUUCAUGUGAAGCAUUGACGUCAGAUUUACCACAAUUGACUCAAGAGAGCAUUUAUAGGAGUCUAAGAGAUCGGAAUCCGUCAAUAAAGUUACUGUACGUAACACCUGAAAAGGUAAAAAAAAAAUCUGAAUUUAAUAAAUGAGUAAGAUGUGCAAUAUAUACGGGCAUUGCAUAUCCAUCUUUCUCAGAUUAGUGCUUCCGAUCAAUUGAAUUCCGCUCUGUUGGAUUUGUACAAGCGUGGUUUUUUGGCUCGAUUUGUCAUCGAUGAAGCACAUUGUGUUUCUCAAUGGGGACACGAUUUCCGACCGGACUAUACUAAACUUCAUCAGUUGCGCGACAAAUUUGUAAACCCACAGGUGAGAGUUAAAUUUCAAUUUUCUGUAAUUCGUAAUUGGUGGCUGGCUCGAGUGUUACUUAUGCCGUGUCCAAAAUCAAAAAAAAAAGUUUAAAUGAAAAAGUUUAAAUUUAGUGAGAAUAUUUAAAAAUGUUAAAAUUUCUUGGGUAAAUUUUCAGAAAAUAUCGUAGUUUUAUGGUAUACGGUGACAUUCGUUCAGCUGUUCAGCAUGCAAAAAACGCAAAAAACUCUAGGCAAUAAGGCUGCCAAAUGUACCCAGACUAACAGGUUUUAAAGUUCUCUGGCAUUUCGUUAUUAAUUUAAUCGCAGUCUACUCGAGCUAUACGGCGGCCUAAUAAAAUUGAUAUGACACCUAAUUAGAUUAAUAAAUUGUCUAGCUAGAUUAAUAAAUCUUCUAAUUAGAUUGAUAUGUGCUCAAAUCAAGUUUCACGCCAACCGUCUGCUGGCUAUUAUCUCGAUUGCGCCAAGAAAAAACAGUCGAAUCUAAUUAGGUCGCGUUUAGAUCAGUAACUUUCUAAUUAGAUUAAUACCGAAUUGCCAGAGUUGUUCUAACUGUCUGAAUUACUUCUAUCGGUCAUAUUCGUUCAGUUUCCACUCAAUCGAACCAACUAGGAUACCUGCCAGUGUUGAGCGGAAUUCCGUCUGCCGUCUUCCGUCUUCCAUGGAUUUUUUGUUCCGUAUUCCGUCUGCCGGGAAAAAAGUUGUCUUCCGUCUUCCGUGAGAAAAAUUUUCUUCCGUCUUCCGUUUUCCGUGUUCCGUGUUCCGUAAGAAAAAUUUUCUUCCGUCUGCCGUCUGCCGUCUGCCAGAUUUGAAAAUUCCAUUCUCUGGCAAUUCGAUAUUAAUCUAAUUAGAAAGUUACUGAUCUAAACGCGACCUAAUUAGGUUCGACUGUUUUUUCUUGGCGCAAUCGAGAUUUGAGCCAGCAGACGGUUGGCGUGAAGCUUGAUUUGAGCACAUAUCAAUAUAAUUAGAAGAUUUAUUAAUCUAGCUAGAUAAUUUAUUAAUCUAAUUAUUAUAGGGGCACCGCACAGAAAUGGCGCUCUGUUGAGAAACUCUUUUUGCACUGCAAAUUGAGCGACCUCGGGGCCGAGUUUGAAAAGUUAGGCCACGUUUUCAGUGGAAAACUACUUCGCGGCCUAGAAAUUCGGCCAGAUUGCGAACAGCGCGCCCUUUCUGUCCGGUGCCCCUAUAAUAGGUGUCAUAUCAAUCUUAUUAGGCCGCCGUAUAACUCGAGUAGACUGCGAUUAGAUUAAUAACGAAAUGCCAGAGUUUCCGCUCAACUCUGAUACCUGGUACGAGUCACUGAUGACCAGAUUGCAGGAGUGUCCUUAUGACGCUGCAAUCUAGUCAUUUUUGACUUUACCCGGACUGCAAAAGGCAGCCAGGUUGCUUCAACUGUCUAAAUUACUUCUAUGGGUCAUAUUGGUCGUACAUGUUUAACAGAAAAUACAAUAAAACGAAGCUUGGAUAAACAUUUUUUGAAAAUUUUUAUAUCAUUUUCCACAGGGGGAGGGGGUCUAAUGGUUGCCGCUAGUGCGGAAAUUUCCAUCCCACCGCGAAGUCGGAAAAAUUUUUCGGCGUUUCUCAAACAUCCCGCACCUAUGAGCGUAAGCAGCGUGAGCAGUGCUAUUAUAAAUUAAUUUUUGCAAUUUUUCACUUUUUUGAAACGGGAAAAAACAUGCACUGAAUAACCCCAUUGCAGUCCAAAAAUGUAGUAACAUGUGUCAGUUAGCUUUCUCUUUAAUCAGAUUCCGAUAAUCGCUCUCACUGCAACUGCGACUCCAAAAAUCGUCACCGAUACUCGAAAUAAUCUUAAAAUGACGAAUUCAAAAUUGUUUAUAAGCAGUUUUGUUCGCGAUAACCUGAAGUACGAUCUGAUUCCGAAGGCCGCAAAGUCUUUGAUCAACGUUGUUGAGAAGAUGAAACAGCUUUACCCUGGUAAAUCUGGAAUUGUUUACUGCUUAUCAAGGUGAACAUAGUUUGUACACACAACUACUUGUUCAUGACUAUUUUUUUUAGAAAGGAGUGCGAAACAGUACAGAUGAUGCUGUCAAAAGCAAAUGUAUCCGCAGAAGUUUAUCACGCAGGACUGGCUGAUAGCGUCCGAGUUACUGUUCAGCGAAACUGGCUUGCAAAUAGAGUCGAUGUGAUUUGUGCAACUAUCGCUUUCGGCAUGGGAAUUGACAAACCCGACGUCCGAUUUGUGAUACACUACAGGUCAGUCAGUAUGCGGUUUACUGAUGUCGUGCAGCACGGAACACCCGCCUUCGAACUACUCGGUAAACCUCUGCAACUUCUCAGCAAACAUUGGGGUGAUAGCAGCUUUUGAACAAAGGUUCAGCAACUUUUGAGCAAAGUUUGCCAAUAGCAACUUAUGGGGCUAUUCAGCGUAUGUUUGUUUUCCGUUUUUUUUUCGUUCUUUUACACCGCUGAAUUUGGUUUUCUGACGUAAAAAAACGAAAAAAAAACGGAAAAAAAUUAUUUUUUUUCACAGCCUGAAUAACCCCAUUAUGCGCAUAGCAUCACUGUUGAAUAAAAAGGUUCGACAUUAGAAUCGGAGUUCGCAGCGAGCCAAGGACACGCCUUCCAAAUAGUUUUGGCUACAACUGCCGCACGCUAUUUGGGAGGUGUGUCCUUGGCUAGCUGCCAACUUCGAUUCUAAUGUCAAACCUUUUUUUUUUCAACAGUAGGCGAAUUUGAGCAGAAGUUAGGUAAAAGUUGCUGAAGUUCUGCUGAAAAGUUGCAAAGGUUUACCGAGAAGUGGGCGUAACUUUUGGCAUUUAAUUCCGAGGGUACAACAAUUUUGGGGCACAACAGGGUACAACCUAUUUUGGGGUACAACUUUUUUAAUUUUGGGGUACAACUUCCCCGAUUUUAGGGAAUAAUUUCUGUCAAGUAUUUUGGGGUACAAUAAUUUUAGGGUACAACACUUUUAGGGCACAACUAGCACAUAAUUUCAGGGCACAACUUCUUACAAUUUUGGGGCACAACAACAUGAUUUUAGGGUACAACACUUUUUUUUCUCAUUUUUUUGUAUUUUCUUGCAUUUUACUACAAACCCAUAUUCUUUUUAUAGCAAUAUUUCGCUGAUUUUUUUAUUUCAAUGACUCAUCUCUUGUAAGAGAACCAGUCUUUCGACUCGUGCUUUCUGCGGCAGUUCACACAUUUUGUUUUCAUCAAAUCGUGAGGUUAUUCAAAACCUUUUAUUGCAAAAAAGCAUAUGACAGUAACAAGUUGAGCACAAAUGAACGGAUCUGAAAUAAAGAGUAGUUAAUCUAGGUUUUAAAUAGCUCUAUUAAUAAGGCGGGUUUAUGAGAAUAGGAUCAAGGCUUCCCUUGGGAGCAUAUUUUGUGGUGCACUAAAACCUCUACUGCAAGAAAACAAUAGACAAUAGACUAGAUUAACUACUCUUUAUUUCAGAUCCGUUCAUUUGUGCUCAACUUGUUACUGUCAUAUGCUUUUUUGCAAUAAAAGGUUUUGAAUAACCUCACGAUUUGAUGAAAACAAAAUGUGUGAACUGCCGCAGAAAGCACGAGUCGAAAGACUGGUUCUCUUACAAGAGAUGAGUCAUUGAAAUAAAAAAAAUCAGCGAAAUAUUGAUAUCAAAAGAAUAUGGGUUUGUAGCAGGGCUGGGCAAUUGGCCGGCCCGGGCUUUUCGUUGGCCGACCAUUGACCUGGACUUUUGAACCACUUGCAAUAUUCCGAUCCGACCCAAACUUUGCAGGCUUCUUUGACUUGGAUUGAGGGCCAUUGGGACCAAGUUUCAGCCCGAUCGGAUCGUCAGGUCCCGAGAUAUGUGGAUCAUUGGCCGAUUUUUUCCAAAAAGCCCGGGCUUCCGGCCAAUUUCGGCCAAUGAUCGACAUAUCUCGGGAACGAAUGAUCCGAUCGAGCUGAAACUUGGUCCCAGUAUGCGUCAACCCAUGUCCAAGAAGCCUGCAAAGUUUGGGUCCGAUCGGAAUAUUGCAAGUGGUUCAAAAGUCCAGGUCAAUGGUCGGCCAACGAAAAGCCCGGGCCGGCCAAUUGCCCAGCCCUGGUUUGUAGUAAAAUGCAAGAAAAUACAAAAAAUGAGAAAAAAAGUGUUGUACCCUAAAAUCAUGUUGUUGUGCCCCAAAAUUGUAAGAAGUUGUGCCCUGAAAUUAUGUGCUAGUUGUGCCCUAAAAGUGUUGUACCCUAAAAUUAUUGUACCCUAAAAUACUUGACAGAAAUUAUUCCCUAAAAUCGGGGAAGUUAAUAAUAACACAUUUAUUCUCUUCAGCCACCUAGGAAUAAAAUUACAACAAAAAAGAAAGAAGAGAAAAAAAGAGGGGGAAUGUGGGUGGGGGAAGGAACAAUGGCUUGACAUGACCAUUGGCCGGCAGUAGCCAGAGGUCAGUUAGAAUACAAAAAGCUAGGGGGGAUCUUCUCGAUGCGCGCCGCGAAGGCCUCAGAGGACAGUCUUUCGGGGAAACAACUUGGCCACUCGGUUCCAAAGGGCAAGAUGGGUAUGUAAGAAAGAGUCAUGGGGUAGGCCAAGGGAGGAUAGAAGGUACGGGUGACGGGGGAGACGCCGGGUUUGAGGAACAUGCUUAGGGAGGGAAAUGGUACUUGUGCGAGAUUAUGUUGUGGAAUGUUCUGAGAAUAAGAAGAACCCUUCUGUGGAAUAUCGAUUUUUGAAUUAGAUUGACUGAGACGGUCGCUAUAGGAGGAGAACCGCAUGUUACAUCUUUGGAAGACUCUUCUACUGAAAAAAAUCUAAGGGGAGACUCUAAUUUGCUGGAGAGGGAUGUCGAUGAGGGAUGGAAAAAGUUCACAGCCGUACUCGAGAAUGGGUCUGACGUAAACGUUGAAAAGUUUAAAGUAGAGACUGGGGUUCGAGGAGCGAAAGGCUUUCAGAAUUUGUUUGCAUUUCAAGAGGGCGGUAUUGCUAACUAUUGUGAUAUGCUUAUCGAAUUUGAGCUUGUCGUCUAUCCAGAUGCCGAGGUCCUUAACGGAAUCUUUUGAUUCGAUUUCGAUGCCAUUCAGGAGAUAUCUGGUUUUGGGAUUUUUCUUUCCAAAGUGGAGAACUGCGGAUUUAUUUUCUGCUAGCUUUAGUUGCCAGGUUUCGCACCAUGAUGCGACAAUGUUUGCACUUUCUUGAAGCGUUUUUGGGUUAUCUCUUUUGGGUUAUAAGUUGUACCCCAAAAUUAAAAAAGUUGUACCCCAAAAUAGGUUGUACCCUGUUGUGCCCCAAAAUUGUUGUACCCUCGGAAUUAAAUGCCGUAACUUUUAUCGUGCGAUUUUAAAAGACUACAGUCUUUCUUUCGUACGAUCUCGAGAACUAACAUGCGCGUUGCGCCACAGGCAGUGGCGCUUUAGAACGAAAUUCAAAUUUAAAAAGCAGCAUUCAUUAAUCACGUAUUUGUUUCCCGAUUGUGCUCCGGGAUACUGAUUGAAUAGGUCGGUAGGAAUUCUUUAAGCACGAGAACUUCAAAUUUGGUCGAGUAAAUUUUGAGAUUUAUCCGCUUCAUAAGUUUUUGCUUGAGUGAAAUCAGCAAGGGGCAAUUAAAUAGCAGCGAUUAAUGGACUCAAGUAAAUGGAAUGCGAUUUAAUUAGAGCUCAUUCGAAUCUAACUGAAUUAGAUUAAUCUUUGCAUCUAAUUAGAAAACUUUUGUGUUCAAAUAGAAUAUAAUUAGAUUCCAACAGCAGAAGCUGCUAAUUUUCAAUCUGAUUAGGAAAUAACAGCAUCUUAUUAUGAAAUUUGAUCAAAUUUGACAUCUAGUUAUUAUAGGGGCACCGGACAGAAAGGGCGCGCUGUUCGCAAUCUGGCCGAAUUUCUAGGCCGCGAAGUAAUUUUCCACUGAAAACGUGGCCUAACUUUUCAAGCUCGGCCCCGAUGUCGCUCAAUUUGCACUGCAAAAAGAGUUUCUCAACAGAGCGCCAUUUCUGUGCGGUGCCCCUAUAAUAGAGAUUUUUCGAAUCUAAUUCAAGGAAGUUUCACGCUUACUGUGUCAUUAUUAGACGUGAAGGAGUUCUAAUUAAAUCGCAAUCCAUUUACCAGAGGAAUUUAGGUUCGGCCGGUUUCAGGUGCUUAGUGCCUCUGGUUCUAGUGUGAGAGGCUAUACGCUGCGAGUAUUUCGCAACAGCUUUGUCUCUGAGAAAUGAUGAUAUUUUCAGCUUGCCAAAAUCUAUCGAAGGUUACUAUCAAGAAACCGGACGAGCAGGCCGAGAUGGUCUGCCGUCGUAUUGUCUGAUGCUGUACUCUUAUCAUGAUUCGAUUCGAUUGAGACGAAUGAUUGAAGGUUUGACCACACGUUGAAAAUUAGAAGUAUGCUAAUAGAUCACAGAAGGAAAUGCCACGUCAGGAGUUCGAAAUAUGCACUUGAAUAAUGUUCUACAAAUUGUUGCGUAUUGUGAGAAUGUGUCUGUAUGUAGACGAAAACUUCUUGUCGAAUAUUUCGGCGAGGUACAGUUUUUACUUUUCUGUUAAUUUUUCGAAAAAAAAAAUGUUUUCACAGGUAUAUGACGAACAGUCCUGCAGCACUAGUACGACACCUUGUGACAUAUGUGAAAGGAAACGUAAAAACGAAGAAGUUGUUCGACUGUUUGAUAUGAGCAAUGACGCUCUUAUGAUUAUGCGAAGUCUCCCGAGAAUGAAAAAGGCUACUUUAAAGUGAGAUUCAAUUUGGUUAUUUUAUAAACAACAACACAUUUUAGGUACAUUUCUGAACUGUAUCGAGGUGGCCUUUCAAAAAAGACGAGUGAGCAAGCACUGAAGUUAGGGCACACGAAAUUGGAGUUGUUCGGGAAAGGCCAAGGCAUUACAGACCAGGAUGCCCUUCGCUUUGUCCGAAAGCUUGUUAUCGACGGUUAUAUCCACGAGAAAUUAUAUGCAAAUCCAAAUCAAGCUGCAACUGUCUUAGCUUAUGCGGAACUUACCAACCUCGGUCGGGCUGCUCUCGCAGAGAAAACUACAACAAAGGUACAUUUUUAG